AGUGAUUUCUGACUCUAGAAUCAUGCCUGUUGGGACUGAUGACUGCAUUACAGAUAAACAGGAAUCUGAAGGAUGCUCUGGCUAUGAUUCAUGCUUGCAGACCACGGAGCCUCAAGAUAUGAGAAAUAACACUACAAACAAAGUGGUUUCAUCUGAUGUUGAUGGGGGCAAUAGGAUGACUUCAGACUCCAGAAUCAUGCCUGUUGGGACUGAUGACUUUGUUACAGAGAAACAUGAUUCUGAAGGAUGCUUUGAUCAUGAUUCAUGCUUGCGGACUAAGGAACCUCAAGAUAUGAAAAGUGACACUACAAACGGAGUGGUUUCAUCUGACGUUGAUGGGGUUAAUAGGAUGACUUCAGACUUGAGAACCAUUCCUGUUGGGACUGAUGACUUCAAUACGGAGAAACAUGAAACUGAAGGAUGCUCUGAUUAUGAUUCUCAAUUUGAGGAUGGAGAGUUGAGGGAAUCAGAUGAUCAAUGUUGGGAGGAAGCUGAACAGGUGGAUUAUGACACUGAAUGUGAGGAAGAAAGAUCAUUUGGCUUGGAAGCCGACAUUUAUGAGCAGGAACUAAAGGUAGAAAGAGGAUCAAAUCCGGAACUGGCUGAGAGGUCUAAGUGUUCUGAAACGGGAGAGGUUUUGGAGAAAAAUUCAGUUAGCUUGAAGAUUAGAAAUGUGGAAAUGUCUGAUGGUGAAACUAUGAAAUUUGAUUGCUCGGAUAGGUCUAAUUAUGAUCUUAGAGUAAAUUUGUCUAAGGAAUCAAAAAAGGAAAUGUUUUCUUGUGUUGAAGGAUCAUUAUCCUCUGAUGUUCUAAAAAGCAGGCCGGACAAUUUUAAUGGUUCAUAUAUUCGAGCUGAAAGAGGUUCUGGUUCUGAUAAAUUCAUGGGGAGUGAUAGAUCUUCGCAUAUCCAUGGCAGAAGACCAGAAGGUGCUCGCCUUUUCAAUCCCUCAGCUAAUUGUUGGGAUUCUUCUAAGCGGGAGCAUCCAUAUAUUUAUCAUGGCCCUUACAAUUUUGGGCGCCCCAGAUUAAAAAGUGUUUUGGGGAAUCGAGAAUAUCCCAUGGGCACAGACCAAGCACCUUCGGAUGCUGCUGCUGGUGUUGCAAGACCUGACCACCGCAUUACCAGGCAAUUUAUGGGCUCUUACAGACCACUCCUUAGAAGGAGAUCACCAAUUGAAAGAAUGAUUCUUACAAUAUGCGUCCAAGGAUGCCAACUGUAAAGGAUACUAGUCCUGAUCGGAAUUGGUUUAGAAGAUUUCCUCAAGGGAUUAGUAGAGGCAUCAGAGAUGAUUAUCUCCGGCUUAUUCCUGAUGACAGCACACAAUACAUGAGCCGCAUGCCCAUCAUUUAGACAGGAGAGAAAGAAGCAUUUCUCCUCAUGGUGGAAGACCUCAGCAUGCUGUACCUUACAAGAGAGCUCGAUCAAGAUCAAGGAGCCCAUCUCCCAUUGAUUGGUUGGUUCAAAGGGAUCGAAAUGAGGAUUCAAGACUUCGUAACAAGUCACCAGAUUUUAUGUCUGAUGCUGGAAUGGAUAGAGUGAGGUUGCCUUUUACUAGACGAUUUGCUUCUGGUUAUGGGGAGUUCAUAUUGCCACCUCGGAGUCGUGUUUCCCCACAGCGAAAUUCCGGAUGUUUGAGGAGCGUAAUCCUGGGUUAGACCAUUUUAGGGGACGGAAAUCACACGUGAGGAUGAGUCGGCAGGACCAAAGGUUUGAUCAAGCGCGUCCCAUUCGUAGAUUGAAUUCAGAUGCUUACUUCAAUCCCAUGAUUCGACCACGAAGAUUUCCUGAUAGGGCUGCUGGUGGUAAAGGGUGUAAAUAUGAAGUCAAUGAUGAUGGUAAACAUAGCAGCAGCAGAUAUGCAAUGAUUCAUCGGUCGAGGUGUUAUGAUACAGACAGUGGAGGCCGUCGGUUUCGGUAUAACAAAGAAGAUUCAUGCAUGGCUAAGAACUCUUUAACCAUGACUAAUUCCACUGGGGUCUCAUCUAGGCACCACGAUGAUGCUGAUGCACCUAGUAAGGCGGGUGAAGAUAGGUGAACUUGCUGUAAUGCAACCGUGAGAGGGUUUGGCUAGAGAAGGGUGACAUGAGAACUGGAAGAGGUAAUAGCUCUCUCUUUACCUGAUCAUAAGCUUGUAUUUGGCUGGCUGGUGGGAGGAUUUUGUUCCAUUUGUUUCAGUUUUAGUUUUAGCAAAGAAAUCUGUUUUUUUACAUAUUUACUCUCUUUCCACAUAGCUGAAAUUAUGCUUCGUUUUCUAGUUUCGUUAUGCACAAAGCAAAGGAAUUCAUGUAGAUGGAGAGUAUUAUGCAAAAUAUCAAUGCACAUUUUUAUUUUAAUUGGC